GCGGAGCGGCGCAUCCUUGGCGCUCGCAGCCACAGCGGCAGGAGGAGCAGCAGCAGCAUCACCACCGUCGCGGCGGGACAGCAUCAGACGGGCAUGGGGACGGCGCUGGCGGCGCGGCUCGGCCUGGGGCUCCUGCUCCUGGCCCUCCUCCUUCCCACGCAGAUCUACUGUGAUCCCACUGGAACAAGUCCAACACCUUCAAACUAUUCUUCAGCAAGUUCCACUUCUCUGUCAACUGUGACAAAUUCAGUGAACAUUACCACCACUCACGGACAUGGAAAUUCUCUUCACUCAACCACAAGUCUUUUUUUCAUUCUCCCUGUUUCUCUUCUGUAUUUUUGCUGUUAAGAGACUCUGGCAUUGAAAUGGCUACCACUCUCCACCCUGUUUCCUGAACCAUCUGAGAUGGCUAGAUCUCUAACCCAGCAUGAGAAUAAAUCAGUCCAAAAUCCACACCAAAACAGCUUGGUUCCACUCCAUACUCAAAUUAGUACCAGUCUGACCUAGAGAAGCACUCAGUAUUCUGACUUUCCAAAGCUGACCAGUGCAAAAAGACCGGCUUCAGCAAGGAGGUAAAAUGAUGAGCUCUUCCACCAAACGAGUUGGAAUUCUGAAAAACAAGAUGGAAGCAAAAAGAGACAGUAUCAACAACCCUUGAUUUAAAGCUAAGAAGAAAUGCAGUAUCUUAUAAUAAGGAUGGAUAAUAACACUCCACUGAGGAAAAAAGGCUAGAGAGUUUAUCUACCAUUUAGAAUAAGGACUCAAAGAGUUUUUAUUUUUCAUUUAAAUUCAAUAAGGUCAACAGGCUCAUAGAACCCCUAGAAAACACAGAAAAGCUCAAAUGAUUUUGUUUCUUGCACAGCCUAUACACUUAUAACUUAUGGGGUAGUAUGAUAUAUGAAAAAGUAACAAUAUCAGUGGAAAGGGUUUAUUUUAAUUUUCAUUUCUAUAAAAUUCUUACAAAGCUAGAAUAGAAUACCAGAUUUUUGUAAGAAUCUCUUAUUUAACCUCACUCCUAACCAAAUGGUUAGCCAGGCAGGGCUAGUUUUGAAAUAGCUAAAACCCCACCAGUUUUCAUAAGAGUGGAAUUAUUUAUGGUGGGAAUUUGAAUUUGACAUUUUAUUUAAAGUGUUUGUAUAUUAAACCAUAUGUGCCAGAGAAAGGAGCUGUGGAAAUAUUGGAAGAAGUACCAGGAGCUUUUGGUAAAUGAAGUUCAGAAAAGAACAAACAAAAAAAACCGUCAAGGGAUAAAUGUCUCCUCUUUCCCCUAUUUCUCCUCCCAAGUUCUACAAUUUGUAUAAGUUAUUUUUGCUCCUGGAACUUUCCUUAAUUAUGAAGGAUUUAUGGAAUCUUUUGAGUAAUGUUCUAGUGCUGCUUUUUUUUUUUUUUUUCCCCUCACAAGGUAAAUAACUGUUGUUUUGAAGAGUUUCACUUGUGAUAGUCUACUUUAAACAUGGGCUAACAUUUGCGGUGGGGAGAAGGAAUGGGGAGAGGAGAGCAAACCGCCAAAAAAAGAAAAGAAAUUAAAUGAUUAGGUGUUUGGAAUAUGAAGACUGGAGUCUUAAUUUAAUCACUGAAUUAAAAAGUUGUCUUUGUACAUACUACUUUUUUUUAAAAAAUUUUCUGAAUCAAAAUUGCUAUACUUGCACAGAUUGUUUCUGUAUCAUCCAACGCUUUAGAAAAUAGUAUCUGGUACUUGAUCAAAACAAGCUUUGUUGAGGAGGUUUAACUACCUUGAUGAUGAUAUCUUGUCAGACAGAAAUUAAUUAUGUUGAUAUGAUCACAUGUGAGUGUACAUGAUCAUACCACUGUCUGUUGAUAUUUAUCUCAUUAUAAGAUCAUGUCAAACAUGAGUGGCUCUCUAAUUUUUUUUUUAAUACACAUCUGUCUUUCAGUUACAUUACCACCAAUUCACAGUACCAUAUAUUAAUAGCAAACUAACAAAUUCAUGUCAGAGAGCGUACAUUUCCUUAUGCUUAUCAUUUGUAUUCAGUAAAAUGUUAAUGAUUGUAUUUUUGUGUUUGUGUAAUUAUGCUUUGAUUUAUUAGCUACUGAUUUUCAUUGAAAAAACUGUAAAUAAAACAGUGGACAGGCAAUGCAUUCUAGAUGCCCUUCCAGACAGUUCUACAAAAACUUGUAACUUGCCUGCGUUAAGUGAAUGACCUGUUAAGCAAGAUGAUGUAUGUGAUUAAAAACCUCAAGGUCUAGAAAUG